GGUUGUGGGGCAGGUUCCCUUUACAAAGGAUGUUCUGAUUUCUUAAAACAGUUAUUUCAACCAUGUCAUUAAUACAGUCAUUGAGGCACCUUUUAGAGAUACAACAGCUAAAUCUAUACAUAAAAUGAACACCGAUUCCCAUCACUUCCCUUCUUCUGCCUAUGCUUCCAUGCCUAUGAGCACACAUGACAGAGGGAACUGUAGGCUGCCCCGGACCAGGUCCUGCAGGGUGACCCACUGCUGGCUAGUCAACAGGUACCCAGACAGAGUAAUGAAACUCCACCAAAGAUGAGAGGACUCUCGAGCUGUUAAGAUCCACGUGGGUUUAUUGAAGGAGAGGCUGAGGACGGGGGACUAGGAACAGGAACAGAGAGACAACAUCACAUGAAGGGGAAGGCUCCAAGAGCAACUGGGGAAGGAGGGGCCAGGAUAUUUAACUAGGGAAAGAUCAGUGUGGUUAAGGUAUAAACUGCCCAAUGACAGAAAGGUUCAGGGGAGGAGCAGAGAUGGGGUGACAUCAACAGGACCAAUGAGGGAGAAGGGAAGGAGUGGUUUUCUGAGGGAACCAAUGGGGGAACCGAAAACAGAGAAUUUUUGGGAACUGAGGAGACUACAAUAAAUUAUGGACAUACACUCAUUUGCAUGAGGGAGCAGUGAGCUCUGGGAAAAUGUCCUGCUUUAAACAAUUGUAGUUUCCCAGGGCAUUCCUGAACUGCUUUCCCCAGGGGCACCUCCCACAUCUCCCCCUUUUCUGUUUAUUAAAUAAACGUCCCCCAAAGUCUUUACAAGGGUCCUUUUAAAAAAUGUCAGGGCGAUGGACACUAUGAAAAUUAUAAGUAAGAUCCACAACAAUCCUUUAAGGAUUGAGGCCACCCACCCAGAUUCACCCCACUGUGUGAACAUCUUAUUCAUGAAGUCUACAGCCUGACUUUCUGUCUUGAUGUUUUCCACUUGCGUCCGGAUGUGCUCUUCAAUGAGAGGUUAAAACAACAUAGUCCCUCAAAGUCUUCACAACUGUGGCCAUGGGCUAGUAAUAAAAACAUCGAUGGUGGCUCAUUUUUGCAGUGUGGCAUGUCUGGUGGUUUCCUCGUCCACCAAGAGAUCUGAUAAGGUGGCGGAUGUGGCGUUGGCCUGCUUACUAAGCCAACACCCUAGGUGAGAAAGCUCACUGAGGGCCUUGACUGUUGCAUACCAUGGCAGAAAUAUAGAUGCAGCCACCGUCUUAGACGUGCCCAAAUUAUAUAUUUGGGAAUCACAAUUGGGCUCAAAUUGACUGUAGGAUCUCUUUUUGUGUGCCAAUUGUGUCUCCCUCUUCCAGUCAAGAAUUUGGGUCUUGUUGGGUGUCAAGAGUAGUAAGCUGGCCAAGGCUACAGGGACGCCCUUCGAUCUUAGAGGGGAUCCCAGCCCAUACCCUGUCACCACAGAUAAGAAACACCCCCCUGGGGAGCUCCCAGGGAAACAAAGAGGACUCAGACAAUAUAUCACUGGUGUAAUUGCACCAAUCGAUCAUAUAUGUUUUGUUGUAGGGUGAGACAAUUUUGUUCCUAAAGCCUUGUAGCUGUUGCCAAUCUUUGAGUGAGGACUUUUAUGUAAAUAUGUCACCCUUGAGGAACCCAGUAAGUCCAAGUUCCUGGGGCUCCUGUGGUGCCAUGUGACAAAAUCCUUGUCCACUUGUCCCAGCAGUCUACAGGGUUGAGUUUCUUACCUACAUAAGGGUGGUCCCCUUGUGACAGGGGGACUCCCACAAGACAUGUAUAAAGUAGGUCCUCCACACUGCCCAUGGCCAUGCAGAAGUUACCCUGUUUGAGGGCCUUUGCAAGUGUGAUCCAGAUGUUUUCUUUGGGCUCUGGAACAAGCCAUCCUUCCAUUGCUUAACACCACAGAAAGAUGAUGAGCACAGUGGCAGCAAUCCAAGCGCUCUGGGGUGCCUUAAGAUGGUAUCGCCUGGGCUGGUGUCAGCAGCGUGGCCAUUGCUCUUCCAGAUGCACUCUAAUAUACAGACGUUCAAGGGGAGGGACCUGUCCACAUGGUGGGCUUGGCAGGACUUCAGGGCAUCAGCAACUCUCUCUAGGGCUCCACUGGUGUCCGGUGUUAAUUCACGCGGGGAAGUCAGGUCACCAUCUCCUCUCAGAAGAUUAAAACGUGGUGCCAGUUCCUCCGUGGUUAAUCCCAGGAGAGGUCUGCUCCACGUGAUGGUUCCGCAGAUCUGCUGAAUGUCCCAAAGUGUAGCAAAAAACCUUCCAGAUCCUGGAAAAGCACAGGAGAAAUUCAAUCAAGUUUUGGGUGAUGAUGAGAAACUUCGGUCCCAGCUUGAACUGUUAAUUAGCCCUACAUGUUCUUGUAAACAGGCAAAUUUCUGCAUGAGGGAGAUAGCCCGGAAACUUGCAAAUCCUAAGCAGCCAACAAAUCCUUUUCUGAAAAUGGUCAUAUUUCUUUUGGAAAGAAUUGCCGCUGUACAUAUUGACUCAGAAGCCAUUUGUGCACUAGCAAAACUAAUGAAUAAAUCCACAGAGGGGACAGCUGAUGAUGAAGAGAAGGGUGUAAAUUCUGAUAUUGCUAUUCAUGCAGGACUUGAACUUCUCAAGGUUCUGUCCUAUACACAUCCUACCUCGUUCCACUCUGCAGAGACCUAUGAAUCUCUACUGCAGCGCCUUAGGAUGGAAGAUGAUACAGUAGCUGAGGUGGCCAUACAGAUUUUCAGAAAGAUGGAUCACAAAAUAGAAUCACACAUAAGAUCAACACUAAUUCCGAUUUUGCAUCAGAAAGCAAAAAGAGGCAAAACAAGCUGUUCACUGUAUACAUGGCAUAUUUUCAAAUAAAGAAGUACAGCUUGCACAGAUCUUUCAGCCUCUUAGUACAAGUUUGAAUGCUGAUGUACCAGAACAGCUUCUAACUCCCUUGUUCUCUUUGGGUCUUAUUUCUAUGUUGGCUCCAGACCAGUUUGCUUCUCCAAUGAAAUCUGUUGCUGCAAAUUUCAUUGUGAAAGAUCUCCUAAUGAAUGACAGGUCAACAAGCGAGAAAAAUGGAAAAUUGUGGUGUCUAAAUGAAAAAGUCUCUCCAGAAGUACUAGCAAAGGAAUACAUGGCAAUCUUUGCUUUGUAUGCCAAAGACCCUGUGAAGGAGCAGCUAAGAACGGGAAACUAGGAACACGGAAACAACCUCACAUGAAAGAGAAGGCUACAAGAGAAACUGGGGAAGGAGGGACCAAGGUAUUCAACUGGGGAAAGAUAGACGUGGUUAAGGUAUUAACUGCCCAAUAACGGAAAGGUUCAGGGGAGGAGCAGGGAUAGGGCGACAUGAACAGGACCAAUGAGGGAGAAGGGAAGGAAUGGCUUUCUGAGGGAACCAAUGGGGGCACUGAAAACAGAGAACUUUCUGGAACUGAGGAAACUACAACAAAUUAUGGACAUACACUCAUUUACAUGAGGGAGCAGUGAGCUGUGGGAAAAUGCCCUGCCUUAAACAAUUGCAGUCUCCCAGGGCAUUCCUGAACUGCUUUCCCCAGGGACACCUCUCACAGGAAACAAUGGUUUUUGAUACAUCAGCUUGAAGUCGUGCUGCAGCCAGUUACAAGGGAGGCUCUCUUUUGGAGGCUCUCUUUUGAGUUUAGAGGCAAAAGAAUAACUACCCCUCUCUGGGUUUGGUGACCUGAUUUCACUUUCCUGUGCAUGCCAAAUAGACUACUGCAUAUCACUGAGUGAAUGACAAAUGAGCAUUUCCCUUUUACUGGCUUCCUAUCUCCAUCCUUCCACUCUCCAUCUCCUCCCAGAACUCCCACUGGGUUCAAACCACUGAGUUGAAGUACUUCCUUGCGGCAGUUUACCAGCAGGAGUGUCUGUCUCGUGCAUGGACUUGCAUGCACAGCUCUUCUGCAGCUGCUUCAACUCUGCAUACUGAGUACGCUGGCAAAUUAUUAGUAGCAAUUAUUGCCAUUAAGCUAUUUAUAGCAAUUGUGAAGUGGGUAAUAUUAUUUCUUUUCAUUCAAUUUCUGUUUCUUUGAAUUCAGAAUCGUGGAUCUACAGUUCCAAGUCCUGCUGCAUCUUUAUGGGACUUUAAGUUAUAAAGCUGAUAAGCUCUAGACGCUCCAGCUAGCCGGGUCCCGUCUCUUCCCCCCGGCGGCAGCCCCGAGCGCGCUGCGCCAGGACCUCAACCGGGACGGGGAUGGGGGCCGGGGCGGGGAGCGGCUCCGGCCGGGCGCGGAUGAUGGUCGGUACAGCGGGUACCCGGGGCGGCGAAGGCCGGCGUGGGCCAGCGGGGCAGGGGCAGGUGCGCAGCGGGCGGCGGUGCCGGCAGGCGCUGCUGACGGUGCUGCCCGGGGAUUAUCGGCGGGCGCCGGCCGGCCCCGCUUUUGCUGCGCCCGCUGCCGGCCCGAGCGCGGGGGCCCGCCCGGGGACAAAGGGCGGAGCGAGCCGUGGCCGGGGUCGGGGUCGGGGUCGGGGCCAGGGCGGGCUCCGGCUCCGGCCACCGCCGCCCACACAGGGCAUCUUCCCCAGCCAUGUCCCCCAACUACAUCCGGAGCUUCUCGGAGGGAUGUCUCAGGCCGCCAACAGUAAUUGGACAAUUCCACACUCUUUUUUUUGGCUCAAUUCGAAUGUUUUUCCUUGGUGUUUUGGGCUUUGCUGUUUAUGGAAAUGAGGCCUUGCAUUUCAGCUGUGACCCAGACAAGAGAGAGGUUAAUCUUUUCUGCUACAACCAGUUCAGACCUAUAACUCCUCAGGUAUUCUGGGCAUUACAGCUGGUGAUUGUACUGGUACCUGGAGCCAUUUUUCACCUUUAUGCUGCUUGUAAGAGCAUCAAACAAGAAGAUAUUCUCCAAAAGUCAUCCUACACUGGUUUUUAUAUUUUCUCUGUUUUCUUAAGGAUUGUCCUUGAAGUUGUGGCCUUUUGGCUUCAGAUUCAGCUCUUUGGUUUCAAAGUGAAUGCAAUCUACAUGUGUGAUGUGGGAGCACUGGAUAAAAAGUUUAACAUUACCCGAUGUAUGGUGCCAGAACACUUUGAAAAGACAAUCUUUCUUAUUGCAAUGUACACAUUUACUGUGAUUACAGUGAUCUUGUGUGUUGCUGAAAUUUUUGAGAUCUCAUGUAGAAGGCUAGGUUUCUUAAAAACUCAGUGAUGUCAACUCACACUCAUUUACUGCUCUGUCCACCUGCAGUUUUGUAACAAUGAUUUCAAACCACAGCAGAAAAACAUCUCCUGUCCUCUAUGCAGUGCUGCAGAAGAGAACCACACUCCUGAUUACUGAGACAGAAUAGUCACUUGACAUAGACUCCUCAUCUAAAACCUUGCACACAUGAAAAUAAUCUUUGUUUCCAUGUCAAGGUCAAAGGCACUAAGAUCUCCAAGAGCAGUAUAUUUUCAUGACCUGCCACCUAUGAUAGUUCUGCCUCCAGAGGAGUGUCUGUGUGUGAGGAAGAUGGUUAUUUAUAAAUAUUUGCAGCUUUUCUGAACACAUGCCAUCUGAGUUAAUAAGGCCAUUGCCCUUCUAGGAACAAUUAUUGCGAUUUUUUUACAUGUUCUUAUGGCUUGAGACUUGAACAAUAAUAGUGGAUACUCUCUGGGUACCAGCAAGCAUUCAAGCAUCUUCCCAAGAAGUGCCACUGAGAUGCAGCCUGCAACUCAGCCCCCAGGGGCAGACUCUUGGUCAGGCUGUGGUAACAACAUAUCCAUCCAGCUUACUUUGCAGAGGCUCAGCUGCCGUAACCUGCUGGCUCAGAAUCUCCUUUUAAAAGUGAGAUAGUAGUAUGGUAUUCAUUGCGCUGACUGCAAUGCCUCAUUAUGUUUUGGCUUACCAUGGAGAAGAUUUUUACCAAUUUAGUAUUGAUCACAUUUUGAAGGAGGAAAAGGGCAUUUUAACAAUUUUGCAUAAGCGUCUUCAAAGUGUCAAAAAUCUUGGAGAAAGCAUUUCCUAGGCCCAAUCAUGAUUUGAUUUCAAUGCAUUUUGCUUGUGUGUGACUGCAGAAUUGGGCCCACAGAAUUUUCUGCUGUUUGUAUCACAUCUAACUUUUUCUUGCUCUGACUGAAAUAACAGUUGGAAUAACAAUAGUAAGAUGCUGGAAUAACAGUUUAAAAAGAAUUCUGCAUAUUAAAAUUAUUCUAUGCAGUAAGUGUAUUGGGUUAGGGUAGGUCUUAAACUAUAGGCAUCAGAUUUUUUUUUUUGUGCAACAGCUUCUUCUUAAGGUCUAAUAAAUACAUUAGAUUAGGAAGUGAUUUCCUUGUGCUGAAGUGAAAUAAGGGAAAGAAAAUAGAUUUCAGAAUCAGAAAGGAGGAGGUAGUUUCCUGUAUAAAAUAUGUACAAAUAGCUAUAAUACCAAUCAACCAUUUUCCAUCUGUUUUUCAAACAUAAAAAGCUGAGAUCCUGAUAACAAAAUCUGGGUAAUUUCAGAAAUAUUUAGAAAAUUCUGGAAAAAUUCUUACCAACUGUUUUACCAUUAUAGUUAAUAAGUCCCAAACACAGUUGAAUUAUCAUAGCCUUGUAAUUCUCACCCACAAAAGUAAACCUGCUAAAUAAAUGGAAUAGCAAGUUUUAGGUGUCUUGGAUUUGAUUGAAUCUGUGCCAUUUAAAACAAAGUGUGCUUCAACUAGAUGUGUUGUUUUUUUAAAUAUGCUGAUCAAGAACAAGACCAUGUAUUUAAAUACAUUUGCUAUAGUAAAGCAUUGAUAUUAUUUUUUCCCUAUGGAAAUAAGUUAUAUGUUAUCUUAAAUGUCCAGUCAAAGAUAUCAGAUUUAUGUAAUAUUAAACUAAUUAUUUGAUAUUUGCAAGCAUUGCAAGUGAAAUAAAAAUCACUGUGCUAACUUCUUGUUUGCAUAAUAUGCCAUGUUCUUUGGUUGAUACAUGUUUAAGUUUUCACUGUACAUGUCAAUAUACAUCUGGAAUUAUUCUUUCCAAUUGAAACUUGUAAUCUCAGGUAAAAAAAUUAUUUAUAAAAACAUACAGUAUAUAGAACUACUAAGAAAAAUAAUUUACUUUCAUGUGCUAGGUACAGUUGUUACCAAUGGUACACUUAGAAUCCCACUUCAUCAGUUAUUUGUAUAAUAAUAAAUAACUUAAUCACAA